CGCAUUCAGUCAGACCAUUGCACAAACCAAACUGUAUGCAGUCAUCCCUUUAUAGCGCUCGGAUGUGCCCCUCCACUCCACGGCCUUCUCUGUGCGUAAAUGCACUGCGCGUCCUGUGCCAGUGAAACUACUCUAUGCAUUAAUAUAAUUAAUUUAGAAUAUUUUGUUUUUUCUUUCCUCAUACUCAUAGAUCUAUCAGUCUAGCCUUUGCGCCGCCGAGCGAUCGCCAGUUCGCGCUGGCUCGGGGAAUGUUGCCUAGUUUUCUGGUUGCGUGGAAACUAAAGGGCUGCACUCAGCGAGAGAACCCUGAAGCGCAGAUCACCGCAGCAUUUCCAGUUAACGCGUCGCGGUUGCCACCGAAGCGGCUCUCAGUGCAAGUUCAACGAGCAACGGGUAGACUUGAUGGAAGCGAACCAAGAAAACUGAACGAGCCGUGAACAGGAGAGCGCAUUGAUCUGCUGGACGGCAUUGUUGUUUGAGCGCUUGUUCGGGAAACACAACAUGGGAGGGAGAGGAAAAGCGGCAAAGACGUUCACCAAGAAUUGGAGAGGUUAAUGUGGACUUCAGUCCUGUACUCCCUGGAGCAUGCCCGUAUCCCACGAUGCCACUGCUGGCAGACUGGCUACUGCGCCACUCGGUGGUCAUGUGUUUGCUGCUGCACAGUUUGGUCUUAAUGACCUUCUGCUUCCAUCAUGCUGCCACCACCUGCUCCAAGAGGUGCUAUUGCUCUGAGAGUGAGAGUGGUAGUAAGACGGUGCGCUGCAGCAAUCUGCAGCUCACGGAGAUCCCGCAGGACAUCCCUAAUGACACACAACAUGUCUACCUGGACUUCAACCUAUUCACCACAGUUCCAGCAAAUGCGUUUGCAGGCUUAACCCACCUGGUUGAACUGGACCUAUCACACAAUGAAUUAAGUCAGCUAGAACCUGGUGCUUUCAGAGGCCUGGGCUCCUCUCUACAGUUCCUGGAUUUGUCUUCUAACAAGUUAGUUAACUUUAACCCCGAUGCCUUUGAGGGUCUGCGAUCUCGUGCUAAUUUAACAAACAAUCCAUGGCAUUGUGACUGCAAUUUACAGAUGGCUUUGCCUCGUGUGGACUUGGAGCCUGCAUCACUAACAGGCAUUGUGUGCCAGACUUCUGAUCCAGAGGAAAUAGAUGUUCAAGGACUUGCUUUCUUGUUGAAACCAGAGGUAGACCUAUGCGUGGUGAUGAAGAGGACUACAGAUGUAGCCAUGCUGGUUGUUAUGUUUGGCUGGUUCACCAUGGUAAUCUCUUACCUGGUCUACUAUGUCAGGGCUAAUCAGGAGGACGCCCGCAGACACCUGGAGUAUCUCAAGUCAUUGCCCAGCAGGCAGGGCAAAUCUGAGGAGUCUUCCACUAUUAGCACUGUGGUAUAGGGAUAAUGGAGCUACACAUGCUAGCUAAAGACGAACAGGCUUGGUGUAUAACAUGGAACUAAAAUCACUGUCAGUUUUGCCCAGAUGUUGUCACAAAGCCAAGUUGGGAAAUAAAACAUGUGCCUGCACAAGAAACCCAGGCAGAUUCAGCUAAGCUCAGCUGAAUAAUUCAUCUUUUAGCAGACCAUUAGGACUUUUUGUUGGCUGAGCUGAUGGCCUACUCUGUGUGCUAAAGGAGUAAAAGCAGUGGCAUGUUUGGGGGAUCUACAAAUAUGGGAUACAAAUGGGAUUUAUUCAGUGGUGCAUGCACCCUAAUGUGCUUCUCUCACUUAGAGGCUGUUCAGGAGGCAACGUCACACAGCUAUAUGAACAGUGGGACCAGGCAAUCCUUGAACAAGAAACUCCAUGUAAACUGUUUCCAUUAAAAUCCUUAUGGUAUACACAAGUACAAUACAAGUAAAAUGUUUUCCAUUUAAAUUGCUGUUUUGUUUUAUUUUACUUACAGAAUUCAGUUAAAUGUCUUAUGUAAAAAGAAAAAAACACACAAAAAUAGAUAUUUUCACUCUGCUUAUUUGCCAGCUUUUCUGUAAAGUUAUAGCUAAUAGAAUCCACAUUAAUGAGAAGAGCAUCCUAAUAUGUUCUACCUUACAAUGAUCUUUCGGAGAUAUUAUCUAUUGUAAUUUCCCAGUAAGAGAAUCACCCUUUGUCUGUGGGAAUACAAUUUGUACAUUUCUGUCCACACCAAUACCCGAUACAAGAUGCAGUGUGUGCAAGUAGCAUGCCCAACAAGUUGAAAGAACCAGAGAGGAAUUCUUCAUUACUGUAAAGCUGGUUAUGUUUACGGUGCAUCUGUCUCUGUGCUGUUUUUCAUGCCCUUUCAAGCCUUUAAUAAUCACUCAGAGUUCCUCUUAUGCAGUCACUCCUAUGGGUUUUCCUAAUAAAAUUUAAAAGUUCAUGA